AUGAGUAAAACAUCAGCAUCCAAUAAGUUUUUUGAUCCUUGUAUAACAUGUUCAAGUAAAUAUAAUCGAAUUCGAUCAUCGUUAUGUCAAUGUAAACAUUGUUCUGCAUCAUUUUGUGUUGAUUGCAUGAAAGAGCAUCUGGAUGAAUUACAGAAAACUACCGAUGAACUUGUAGAUCUACACAAUGAACUUAAACAGUUAAUAAAUACAAAAAAGAUAUUAAUUAAAGAUGAAACAAUCAAAUCAAAGCAGCAAUUGAGUAAAUGGCUUAAAACAUAUAUUGAUAAUCUUACUAUUGAAAAAUCAAUAAUUGAUGCGAAUAUUGACAAAGAAGAAAAAGAUGCACAAAAAUUUGUUUUUGAUAUUGAAUCAGAAUUACAAACUAUCAAUGAUAAUAUUCAAGCCUUUACAAAAACUUAUAGCUUUCAAUCAGAACAUAUGACAGAAGUUUUAGAAAAACUUAAUGAACUAAUUCAACGCUUAACUUCUUUAGUAGAGACAAGAGAAUACGAUUUACCAUCAACAAUGCCGAGAUAUACAUUUAAGUUUAAUUAUUCUUCAAAAUUGACAACUAAUAGUUCUGAACCGAAAUCAAACACGUAUCAAAAUAAAAAUAAAAAAGCAUCUAAUACGACUGAGCAACCGAACGAUGAGGAUAACUGGCAAUCUGACUCAUCUCUUUCAGACGAUGAAACUUCAAAGAAUGAAUACAAUGAUUUUUCGUUUCCUGAUGAAAAUUAUUUUUGUAAUCGAAAUAAAUUUGAAUCUACAUCAUACAUUGUUAAUUGUAUGGCAAGUGAUGGAAUAAAUAUAAUGUAUUCGACUAUUGAAGAUGACCAACAUGAACGUAUUGUAUAUUAUUAUUUAGAUCAGAAAGAUAGUCAUUAUGGACAAGAUGAUCCACAACGAAUUUGGAACCAAUCGCGUAUCGUUGAUAUAAUAUGGUGGAAGAGUAUUAAUAAAUUUAUUUGUGCUACACUAAAUGGAAUUUAUACGAUUGAAUACCUUGAUAACUGCUUUCGAAUUUUAAAUGUUAUUAAUAAUCGUUGGACACGAGUAUCUGUAGCAGCUAAUACUAAUCAUAUAUGGAUUCAUACGAAUGGGAAAAUCAAUGUUUACAAUAUAAAUUUUCAAUUAGUACGAUUAAUCAAUUUUAAUCUUUCACGCCCAUUAACAAGUGCUAGUUUCUGUGUAACUGAUAAUUUCGUUGCAUUUGCUUUGAUUCGUCGUAUAGAAAAUGAUCGAGAUCUAUUACACAUUGAAUUCUAUGAUUGUGAUAUGAAAAAAAUAAAAGGUGUUCGUUUGGGAUUAAGCGAAACUUCGUGUAUAAUUCGAACUGAUGGAAAUAAUCGAUUUUACGUUGCUAUGGGACAACAAAGGUUUUAUAUUGUUACACCAAAUGGAAACAAACAGAUAAUUAAUCUUGGAAAACAAGCCAGUUGCCUUGCUGUAGUCAACAGUCGAAAUAUUGUUUUUACUAAAUCACGUUCGGACUUAGAACUUGUGAGAUGUUAA